AGUAAAUUAACUUAAUUAACAGACAAAAAUGGAUUCUAUGGUUCGCUAUGCAUCUCCAAUCAAUCCAGCAAUUUACCCACAUUUGGCAACAGUCUUGUCACUAAUCGGAAUCUUACUUGCUUCGUGGUUCUUCGUGUUUGAAGUUUCACGUCCAAAAGAUCAGAAAGAGAGAGUUAUCUUCAAGGAACUAAGUGUAUCACUAAUUUCCUCAAUUUUCCUUGGAUUUGGUAUUUUAUUCAUCUUUUUAUCAGCUGGAAUAUAUGUCUAAAGCAUAAGCUUAUAGUAAUUGUCUAUUAAUCUUUAAGGCGUGC